AACAGUAAGAAUUCAAUUGUGAACCGAUUUCGCAGUUCGCACAGGUCGUGUGCAUGGCUUGCUAUGCACUCGCUUAAUUUUUUUAAUUGUGAACCCAGCAUAAGGCCGUGGACGAGAUAACCAAACCCGAAGUUCCCCGAAGUUCAUUCCGACGGAGGCCAUGGGACUAAAUAGUCAUGAGUCAUGAACAUACUUCGAGUAAAGACUAAAAACUGUGGUUUUUUUAAGUGUAUUAUUUGUUUAUUUUUUUUAAAAUUGCCAUUUAAAGUUACAAAUAAUUUAUAUAAAAGCGUGCGAUAAUGAGUUUAGUCCAAAUUUUUGAAGAAGGUUAUAUUAUUUCUCACUGCUGUUUUAUAAAUGAAGUGUAUGCGAGUGUGAAGGAAAGUGAUGAAAAAGAAGUAGCAUUUGGUUUCAACGAGUCGCUAUUUCGAAUUGGUACACAGUUUUUAAAGGAUGGACAAAAACAAAAAAAAAUUACGAGAGAUGGAUUGCAUAAAGACGUUAAUAAUCGUAAGAAAAUUAAGAGAGACGUUAACAUUUCAAGUGAAGGAAACUGUAUCGGGGAGAUUGAGCACGUUCAAAGAAAUGCAGAGAAGAUCGUUAGUGCUGGACGGAAGUGUGGUUGCUGGGACCUCGUGGCGUCUGAAGACGGCGUGCAGAGCAACAACCUGGAGGCCCGUCAGGCAGCUGAAUCGUUCUACCACAAGGAGAGCAAGCUGUUGACGGGGAGUUUCCAUGGUGGAAACCUUGGCGAUGUAGCUGUCAUAUCCAGCAUUCAAGGCGAUAGAUACCUCAUCCCUCCCGCGUGUAAAUUUUUUUGUUACGACGUGCGUGAAAUACAGAAACACCGCCACCUAUUGGACGACUCAUAUGACUUCAUCCUCCUGGAUCCUCCUUGGUGGAACAAGUACAUCAGGAGAAAAAAAUUGAAGUCUGGUGCUGCUGAUGGGUACCAGAUGAUGUACGACGAAGACGUGGCACGGCUGCCCCUGGCGUCGCUGGCCGCCCCGGGCACCCUGGUGGCACUGUGGUGCACCAACUCUGACAGCCACCUCUCCGCCAUACGGGACGCCUUGUUCCCUGCCUGGGGGGUCACCUACAUCGGCAAGUGGUACUGGCUCAAGGUAACAUGUGGAGGAGAAGCAGUGUGUGCUUAUUCCAAACCUCCGGGGAAGCAGCCGUUCGAGCAGAUUGUGUUUGGAUGGUUCCAAGCCGAGGGAAGGCCACGUCCCCUGCCAGAAGACGGCAGAGUGUUAGUGAGUGUGCCCAGCGCCUUGCACUCCCACAAGCCACCUCUGGCAGAUGUUCUGGCCAAGUACUUGCCGCCGAGCCCCCGUAGCCUGGAGCUGUUUGCCCGCUACUUGCUCCCGGGGUACACCAGCUGGGGCUCGGAGGUGCUGAAGCUGCAGCAGAUCUGUCUCUACAAGCAGCUCAGCAGUUGACUGUACCGUCCCGUAAAUAAAUGCGUGAAAAAUUAUUUUAAAUCAAAAAUUGAAAUUCCUUUGGAAAUGUCGGAGGGCAGGGAAGGGUAUACGUGUACCCACAGUCAGUCUUUUAGAAUGUUGGCUAUGAAAAAAUUGUUUUAAGUUUUUCGUUUCACAUAAUCAUAAUUUCAUCAGUACAUAAUUAUAAAUUAUUUUAACAAGCAAUCCCCAUUUUCAUCCUGGUAAAGUAUGCUGUAAUGUAAAUGUUUUUAUACGUCCAUUAUAUUUCACGUAGGUUAUUAUUAUUUACUUUCUAUAUAUAGUCAUUCUGCCAGCUGUUUCAUUUAAUCAAAAUUUAAUUGGCGUUUGAAUAAGUUGUGGCUGUAUUUCAUUUUGCUUUUAUUAAAUGUUAGUUUUUCAUACCUGAAAAAAAGAAAAAUCUAUUUUUUCCUCCAAAUUCGCAUAUAGGCCCCCUCUCCUUUUUUGGAGAUGAAAAUUUGGAAAAAUCAUCUUUACGCGAGUAAAUACGGUAAUAAUAAUAAUACAGAGUUUAUUGUAUUAUGUAGGUUAUUAUGUUAGAAAUAUUAUCACACUGUUUUCUCUGAGCCAGUACCUACUGAUAACAAUACAAAGUUUAUUGUAUUAUAUAGGGGUCCUAUUGCACAGUACUUAGGGAGUGGAAAUGCUAAAUACCAGUAGUCACUGUUGGGGCUCAGUUAACACUGGAGUGGAUGAAUUCCACCAUUAAGGUUGACUACUGCUGGAGUUUAGGCUAGGCUUCACCUUGUUUCAGAAGAUGAAAUCACUACUGUACACAAUUGUGGUCUACUGCCUUGGUCCGCACAGUGUCUUGAUUGGAGUUGGUGCUGUGUGUACUCUGUGCCUCCGAGAUACUCAUGAAAUAACUACUUGGGUACCUUAAUAUAAGCAGCUACGGUGCUUGGAUAACUCAUGCUGACAUCUGCAAAAUGGCUGAUAGACUUAAUCCAAUUUUUCUGCUGGCAGUCCCUUCCACUAAAAAUGUUGCACUUUUGACAAAAUGGGAUCUAUUUCAUAUCUGCAAAUUUAUUGGAGUGAAUGGCAGACUCAUCUAGGGCUUCUUGCAGAAAUCUUUCCUAGGGGGAGGAGUCUGGAAACUAAAUGAAGUCAACCUGCGUCCGGUAUUCCAGAACCCAGCUUGUAACGCAGUACCAAGUACAACUAAAUGUUCAAGCAUAGCGUAAGAGCUAUAUUCGUUAGGCUUCUUGGUUUGUGAAAAUAAGGCUAAUGAUCAAUUAUGAUUUUGUAAUAUCUUCCACCAUACAAGCAAUUGUGAAAUUUCUUUGCAACACUAACGCUCAGAGCUUCACUAUCUUAACUGAGCAAGGCUUCAUCCAGUCCGAGAGACAGUCCUUGAAUAAAAACUUGCUAGUACUUCACUAAUUUGGCUUGAAACAGCCCAAUACAACACUGUGACACAUCACAUGUAUAGAUGAGAGGUUUCUGUCCAUUAUAAUUAGCAAAAAUUUUAUGAUAAAAAAUCUAUGGUAGCUGUAAAACUGUUGUGGUUGGACAUUUUGAAAUAAAAGAAUAUUAUAAAUGCAA